CCUCACACAUGCUCACCACCUCUCUGAGCGCGAUCAGCCGAGGAUGCGAUAUCGCAUCGAGAAGUAUUGUGCGUCAACUCCACCAACAUACACACCUCCGCCUGCGAUCGCUCCGACACGUGCAACUGUCUUGACCGGGCCUAGGUGUGUCUGGAUUUGGGGAGAGGCGUUGCCGUGUGGCGUCACUCAUCUCAAUGAACUACCACGUCUUCACGCAUCACGACUUCAAGCACCACGUCUUCGACCACAACGACGACAACGACUACAACUCCAACUACGACCACGACCACAAGUUCCACAACUUCUACGACUUCUACAACCUCUGGACCCCCACGCGCAGUCUGCACAGGCUACCGAUUUGUUAAUACCCUGCUGAAUCCCCGGCAAGGACAAAACUUUGGAGUUGCGUGCUCUUCCGCCUUCUGAUACUUUCUUCUGCGACACCGUGGCGUUUGCGUCGGAGUAACAAGCGAAGAGAUGCUGAACACGCCGAACGUGAUGCCGGUGCCCCGGGUGA